UGCAACAUGGAGCCCGGGGCAGGAUUGUGGGAGAAUAGUAGUUCUCAGUUGAAAGAAAGCCAAUGGAUACUUUCAGAGAGAGAACGAGACGAGGACGCUGCCAACUGAAAGCUAUUCUGGAUAUCUCGGAAGGGACCUAGGCUUACUUUAGCCUGGAUUUCAACGCAAUAUUAAUGACUUGUUCGGAGUGGGAAUAUGUUUCUUUCUUUCGUUUUUUUAUGAGUUGUUGUCCCAUGAUUUCCUUUUGCAACAACUGGAGUCGAUGGGCGCUUCUAAAGUGAAAAGUUGCUUUACAGCUGUUUUACUUAGUUGUAAUCAGAUGCUGUCAGUCUCUCGGUUUCAAUUCUCUUGGGCAGAAAGUUUUUUUUAUUACACGUGAUCAGGUUUCCUAAAGUUCGAGUGUGUUAUCUUGGGAUGACUGCAGCUGUCUCUUCGUGGAGGAAGGCAAGAUUCUCACUUGGAUCCGCGCUAUUGGCAACAAAGAAAUACUGUUUUAAUCGUUGAAGUUACAUGGUGUAACCCCCCCAAGAAAUCGUUCCUAAUUCUAAUUGUUUUUACCUUUUUUUUUUCUGAUAGCGGCGAAGACCAUUAGAUGAAAUUGAAUUAUAAAUCGUGUCGUUUGGCAAACAAAGAAGGAUGUACCGACCCUUUUUCAGAUUGGUUAACGCCGAACAUAUAAAUCGAACCCCUUGCAAGAAAUGGAGGGGAAAAUCCACAUUAUGGUGGAAAAGAGGUUUGAAACAUGACUAAAACUGUCAGGGUGUUCUGAGGGACAUUUUGGGGUUUUGCAGAAAGCGCCAGGCCAUUUUAUAGUACACCCACAAACCCCUGCUUUACACGCUACUUGAUAUUAAUAUAUUCUUUUCUUUGCCAGUGCUGCAGUAGCCUAAUUAUAUAGGCUUAUAAUUAGAAAAAAUGAGGGUAAAAGCCGUGGAUUUGUUCCAACUGUUACUUAUUUUGCUACUCGGAGGCGAUGGCUCUGCGGUAUUAUCUGAUUGUAAAACAUAUGAUGAACGCUCAAAAAGCGCAGGGAAAAGCACACCGUCGGUGGCCACAGCGGAUAGGAAAGUGGUCUGCAGCAAUAUGGAACUCCAUCAGGUGUUACCUCCGGAUUCCUUUCAUAACAGAACAGUCACUUUGAUUUUAAGCAACAACAAAAUUCAGGAAUUGAGGAAUGGAUCCUUCAUCGGGCUGUCUACUUUAGAGAGACUGGACAUACGAAACAACAUCAUCAGCCGCGUCGAACCAGGGGCUUUUCUUGGACUUCCGUCACUCAAAAGACUAGAUCUGUCCAACAACCGCAUCGGCUGCCUCAAUGUGGACAUAUUCAAAGGCCUCACAAGUUUGGUUCGACUAUAUCUUUCAGGAAACAUGUUUUCGUCACUGGCCCAAGGGACGUUUGACAGCUUGGGGGCGUUGAAGACUUUGGAGUUCCAGACGCCAUACCUGCUGUGCGAUUGCAACCUGCGGUGGCUGUUGCACUGGAUCAAAGACAAUAAUGUGGGUGUGAAAGACACCAGCUGCUCAUAUCCUCGCUCCUUGCUUGGCCAGCACAUCACCUCCAUCAAUCCUGAGCUGCUCACCUGUGACGCGCCUCUGGAGCUGCCCUCCUUCCAGCUGACGCCGUCACAGCGCCAGAUCGUGUUUCAGGGCGACAGCCUGCCCUUCCAGUGCCAGGCCUCAUUCGUGGCGGAGGACAUGCAGGUGCUGUGGUACCAGGACGGCCGCAUGGUAGAGCCUGACGCCGCCCAGGGCAUCUUCAUCGAGAAGAGCAUGGUGCAGAACUGCUCCCUCAUCGCUAGCGCGUUGACCAUCUCUAACAUCCAGCCCGGUUCUACGGGGAACUGGGAGUGCCGUGUGAGAACCAGCCGAGGGAACACCACACGCACCGUGCACAUCGUUGUGCUGGAGAGCUCGGCCAAGUACUGCCCACCUGACAGAGUGUCCAACAAUAAAGGAGACUUCCGGUGGCCUCGCACCCUGGCGGGCAUCACAGCCUACCUGCCCUGCAACAAGUUGGCAUCGGGCGCAGGAAUAUACUCGGGCUCGCUGAUCGACGAGCGGCGGGCGUGGCGGCGCUGCGACCGCGGGGGUCUGUGGGCCGAGGAUGACUACUCCCGAUGCCAGUACCAGAAGGACGUCACCCGGGUCCUCUACAUCAUCAACCAGAUGCCUCUGAACAUGACAAACGCUGUGAUCACGGCCCGGCAGCUGCUCGUUUACACGGUGGAGGCCGCCAACUUCUCAGACAAGAUGGAUGUUAUCUUUGUGGCCGAGAUGAUCGAGAAGUUUGGCAAGUUUGCGGAGAAAUACAAGGAGCUGGGGGAUGUAAUGGUGGAUAUCUCCAGUAACUUGAUGCUAGCUGAUGAACGGGUGCUGUGGAUGGCCCAGCGCGAGGCCAGGGCCUGUUCACGCAUUGUGGAAUGUCUUCAGAGGAUUGCCGUACAUCGCCUAACCAGCGGAGCUCAGGUCUACUCCACCAACUCCCAUAACAUCGCCCUGGAGGCCCACGCCGUCAAGGCGAGCAGCUUCAACGGCAUGACCUGCACGCUGUUCCAGAAGCUGAUGCCGGACCGCAUCGCUCUCAGAGACUUGGACGGCAACCCGGACCGCCAGCUCAGCUUCAAGUGCAACGUCACCAGCACCCUGUCCAGCCUGGCCCUGAAGAACACCAUAGUUGAAGCCUCCCUGCAUCUGCCUCCCUCGCUGUUCUCCCAGUACUCCGUCCCCGGCCAGGCUGACGACACUGUCUACAAGCUCCACCUGCUGGCCUUCCGCAACGGCAAGCUCUUCCCCUCCACGGGCAACUCCACUCUGCUGGCUGACGGGGGGAAGCGGAGAAACGUGGCCACCCCUGUGCUCUUGGCCAAGAUAGAGGGUUUCCCACUUCAAGGCCUGCGGGUCCCGGUGAACGCCACACUGAGGAGAUUUUCCCGCGGCUCGGACGCUGUGCCUGCCUGCUGGAACUUCAGCCUGCUGGGUGGGCAGGGUGGCUGGCAGAGCGAAGGCUGCCGGGUCCUCAGCCACCACGACAACUUCACCACGCUCUCCUGCGAUUCCCUCGGCAACUACGCCGUACUGAUGGAUCUCACUGGGGUGGAGUAUUUCUCCCCCAGCAUAGUGCCUCUCCAUCCAGUAAUCUACGUCACAGCCAUUGUCCUGCUCCUCUGUCUGCUGACCAUCAUCGUCAGCUACAUCUACCACCACAGGUCUGUUCGCAUUAGCCGUAAAUUCUGGCACAUGCUGGUCAACCUCUGCCUUCACAUCUUCCUCACCUGUGGCGUCUUCGUCGGCGGUAUUAACCAGACACGCUAUGCCAGUGUGUGCCAAGCCGUGGGCAUCGUUCUGCACUACUCUACCCUGGCCACAGCCCUGUGGGUGGGCGUGACUGCACGCAACAUCUACAAGCAGGUGACCCGCAAGGCCAAGCGCUACGAAGAGCUGGAUGAGCCCCCGCCUCCUCCACGACCAAUGCUGAGGUUCUACCUAAUCGGCGGAGGGAUACCGAUCAUCGUCUGUGGCAUAACUGCAGCCGCCAACAUCAAAAACUAUGGUAGCCGGAUCAACGCACCAUACUGCUGGAUGGCGUGGGAGCCAAGCCUGGGGGCCUUCUACGGCCCUGUUAGCUUCAUCGUUUUUGUGGACUGCAUGUACUUCCUUAGCAUCUUGCUCCAGCUGCGACGCCACCCCGAGCGGCGCUACGAGCUGAAGGAGCCUGCUGAGGAGCAGCAGCGGCUGGCCGGAGACACUCCAGCCGCCCUCCUCCACGUCGCGUCAUUGUCCACAGUGUCGGCUCCCCACGCCGUGUCCCUGUCGGCCCUGGAGAACGAGCACACGUUUGCCGCGCAGCUCCUGGGCGCGGCGGCGACCCUGGGUCUUUACGCUGCGCUGUGGGUGUUCGGUGCCCUGUCUGUGUCCCAGGAGAGGCCGGCCGACCUGGCGUUCUCCUGCCUGUUCGGCGUGGCGGCGCUGGCCCUGGGCGGCUUCCUGACGGCGCACCACUGUGUCAACCGCCAGGACCUGAGGCGACACUGGGCCCAGACUUGUUGCCGAGGGAGACGGGCCUACUCGGCCCAGGAGGAUGCCCUGCUGCCGCUCGCCGGGGCCUCCACGGCGUCUGCUGCCGGGUCGGUCGGCAGGAGCAACGGUGAGGCGGCUAAGUCCGUCCACAGCAGUGGCGAGUCGUCCUGCACCAACCGGAGCGCCCCCAGCUUACGAAGCCCCGCCCAGGGAAGUAAACUGACCAAUUUGCACGCGGAAGCGGCGCAGAACCGGUCCCUGCCCCUCUUGCCCCUGCCAGUGCCGGGGAACGGAUCCGCCCUGCUGGACAACAGCCUGACGGAGCACUCGGCGGACAACGAGAUCAAGAUGCACGUGGCGCCCGUGGAGGUGCAGUUCCGGCCCGUCAACGGCGGUAACCACGCCGGCGGCGUCGCCAACGGACACGCAGGCCGGCAUCACAAGAACAGGGCGCGGGCCCACCGGGCCAGCCGGCUGACAGUGCUGCGCGAGUACGCCUAUGAUGUGCCGACCAGCAUUGACGGCAGCGUGCAGAGCGCCCCCCACCGGCGGCAUCGCCACGAACACCACGACAGCCAGCAGGCACGAAGCAGCCGCCGGGCCGCCUACAUGGCCUACCGGGAGCGCCACCAGAGCCAGAUGCAGCAGGACAGCAGCGACGCCAGCACGUCCCUCCCCCGGCGCUCGCGCUAUGCCGACAAGGGAGGGGGUGGUGUUCUGGGCAAUGGGGUUGUCGGGGGGGUGGGGCGCGAAAGCACAGGGACAUCGGUUGGAGCGGGCGGCGAAGGAGAAAGCGAGGGGUUCGGGACUGCGGCGAGCGUGACAAGUAAAGAAAGUCGUGGCGUCAAGCAGCCCAAUAACACUGACCUGCCGGAGGUCCAGUCCAAGUCGUACGGGCUCAACCUGGCGACGCAGAAUGGCGCGGUUAAAGACAACGGGCAGAUCGUCCCCUUGAUCAACACAGAGAGCUCGACCUCGGCCAACAUUAAGACUGGCUUGUGGAAACACGAAACUACCGUGUAGCAAAUGUUUUCUGCACCAAAGACUGCAUAUCACAUGCUAUCUCCCUUCAACUGUGAAAUGUUUGUUUCUAUCAUUGUUAUUUUUUAGAUUGACCAUUGGGGAAAAAAUGAGCUAUUCAAAAUAUAGGAAAAUUAGUCAGAAUAUUUUGAAUUUGUGAAAGUGUGUUUUGGAUGCCAGUUGUCAGUGUCUUUAGUAGACAUUUUGCAAAUGUUCUAUUUUUGUAUCAUUUAAUCCUGAAUGGUUAUGCUGUUCUGUAAUUCCGUAAGUGAAACUGCAUGGUCUGUGUUCUUGCCCUGUCCAUAUCCAUUGGGCUGGUUCUUUUUUAUUUUCUAGUUUAAGCGUAAUAAACUAAACAUUUCUAAUUUCA